AUGUCGACGAACUCGUCGGAAAGAACAAUCACCACCUCCGUCCCGGCUCCGGCCACCACAUCAAAUCCUCUCUCCUCGGCACAUCACUUUGUGUCAAUUAAACUAACAUCCCGGAACUUUUUAUUCUGGCGCACACAAUUGGUUCCGUUCUUACGGGGCCAAGAACUGCUCGGGUUUAUCACCGGCGAGACCCCCUGCCCGUCGCCGACGAUCGCCAGCGUUCCGGCAGAAUCUUCCACCUCCGAUGUUGCCAAUUCCGUUCGUGUGCCCAAUCCUGAGUUCAAGACGUGGGUGCGGCAAGACACGUCUAUUCUGUCGCUCUUGGUUUCAUCCAUGGCCGACGAAGUAUUACAUCUUGCUGUUAGCCGCAAUACGUCGAAGGAAUUUCAAUCUUUGAGGCAAGGCAACCUCUCCCCGGCGGACUACAUCGGCCAAGCCCAGCUUAUUGUGGAGGCUCUCUCACUCGCCGGACGUCCGCUAUCAUUGGACGAACAAAACCUCUGGGUUUUCCGAGGUCUCCGGCCAGAAUUCAGGAGCAUGGCGUAUUCCCUCACGGUUUCCGGCAAUCCGGUUACGUUACCCCAACUCGCUGACUUCUUGCAGGCGCAAGAGUUUAUUGCGGCAGAUGACCUUUCUCCCGGUCUCACUGGUGGCGGAUCUCCUGCGGCACUCUAUGUUGCGCAGGGCAGUAAUCAGUCAGGGGGUGGCGCUGGAGGACGUCGCGGUAAUUCCGGUGGUGGGCGCGGCAAUCGUGGCAGUCGGGGAGGCCAGUGGCGUGGUGGACGUGGAGGACGUGGUGAUGGUGGACAGGUGAGAUGCCAAAUCUGCAGAGCUCACGGGCAUUCUGCUCUUAAUUGUAACAAACGUUACAACUCACAGCCUGCGCCCCAGGCAAAUCUGACAGUGGCUGGUGAUGAUGUGGCGUCGUCCACUGGUUCGUGGUUCCCGGACACCAAGGCUUCCGCUCACGCCACCCCGGAUGCGUCAAUGCUAUCGCAAUCGUCGGAGUACAAUGGCGGGGACGUGCUACGAGUCGGUAAUGGCACAUGUUUGCAUAUUUCACAUAUUGGGUCCGCGUCUAUUCCUUCUAUGUCCAAACCAUUAAAGUUGUCAAAUGUGUUACAUGAUUCGAUCACACAGGCAGUUCUACUUAAAGGACCUACCUCGGGUGGACUCUAUAAGCUCCCGCUAUCACAAUCCCACUUCGCAUUCCUUAGUUCCCGGGCCACUCCAGUGAUGUGGCAUCGUCGGUUGGGCCAUCCUCACAGUCAAGUCCUUAAUAAAGUGUUGCAAGCCUGUCCAGUCAUUCGCAAUAAAACCGAGUCAUUGGGGUCGUGCACUGCUUGUCAUAUGGGAAAGGCGUCACGCUCCGUGGGCUUCCUGACCCAUAAUAACACAGUCAUCACCGGAACUGCCCAUAGCUGUUGCCCCACCUUCAUCCGGGCCCAGGGCUCCUCACCGGAUACAGCUCCUUUAGCUAUUGAGGGUCCCUCCAGGACCGCCCCGGCUAAGACACGGAAAUCUAAACGCCAACCGGCUCCAGUUCAAGCGCAUGUGAUGCGACUGCGACACAUGACUCGGGGCACAGGUGAACAGUUCCAUGCGCUGACUACGACGACUGACCCAACGUGUUACUCACAGGCCGUAGGACAUCCCCAGUGGCGGGAUGCUAUGGACCAGGAGUUCAAUGCUUUGCUGCAUAAUGGCACUUGGCGGCUUGUACCACCAAAGUCUGACAUGAAUAUCAUUGGGUGCAAAUGGGUGUUCCGCACCAAACACACAGCAGAUGGCUCAGUAGAGCGCUACAAGGCUCGCCUGGUUGCCAAGGGGUUCAACCAAGUAGCCGGUGAAGAUUUUUUCGACACCUUCAGCCCUGUAGUCAAGCCCACCACAGUUCGACUACUCCUAUCUCUAGCGGUGUCCAACAGCUGGACUCUCCGCCAGUUAGAUGUGCAUAAUGCAUUCCUAAAUGGCCAUCUGGAUGAAACUGUGUACAUGAAGCAGCCACCAGGGUACGAGGAUUCCUCACAUCCCGACUACGUUUGUCACCUUCAGCGCUCACUUUACGGUCUCAAACAAGCCCCUAGAGCUUGGUUCAAGAGGCUGCAUGAUUUUUUGAUUUCUGCAGGCUUUCUGCCGUCCAAAAAUGAUGUGUCACUCUUUCACUACACGGCCGGGGCAUCACGGAUUUUCUUGCUUGUCUACGUUGACGACAUCAUUAUGAUGGGGAAUGAUACAUCGUUACUGGACAUGAUGCUACGCCGUCUUUCCACCGCUUUCAAAAUUCGGGAUCUCGGGACUCCGGGGUUCUUCUUGGGCAUUGGAACUCUGGCUCUAGACGGUGGUUAUCUUCUUUCAUAG